AUGCCACGAGAAGAAGUUUACGAUCAAGACAACGAUGAAGAAGAAAUCCCUAAAAGUUCCUUCACAACUUAUGUGGCUGAGGGAGACGCGUUAUUCAAAAAUAAAGAAUAUUAUAAAGCACUACAAAGCUAUUCCACGGCUCUGGAACUACAAACUGAUAGUUACUGCCUAGUAUCGAGAUCAAAAUGUUACCUGCAGAUAGGAGACACAGACUCUGCCUUACGUGAUGCCGAAGCCGCCUUAGCGGAAGAUAGUAACUUUAGCAAGGGAUUACAUGCUAAAGCUGAAGCUUUAUAUGCCAUGGGAGACUUUGAAUAUGCUCUGGUUCAUUACCAUCGCGGACACAAGCUACGACCGGAGUUAAACGAAUUUCGAUUAGGAAUUCAGAAAGCAAAGGAAGCUAUCGAUAAUUCGAUAGGAAGCCCUUCACGCGUCAAGCUGGAGACUAAGGGUGAUUUAUCAUUCUUUAACAAGCAGGAUGAAUCGGUAACAAAAAGCAAAGUUUCAUUAAUAGCUAUCACAUCGGUAAGCAUAAAGAAAUCUACAAAACCAGUUGAAAGCUCGGAUAAAACUAUCAAACAGCUACUCGGGGAACUGUAUGAAGACAAAUUAUAUCUAGAAAAGUUAUUAAGCAACGGAGAUUUUGUACAUGGUAAACACGAUCAAGCCAUUUACCAGUGUAUACAAGAAGGUUUAGGCUACUUGGACAGUAGGACCGAGUUUUGGAGGCAACAAAAACCACUCUAUGCUCGAAAGAAGCAAAAGAAAGCAAACAAAGAUAGAAGAAGCAAGAGCCCAACUCAUCAAUCUAACAUGACAAAAUAUAUCGUUCAUACACUGGAAGAAAUUGAUGCAGCUCUCGCUGAAGGCAGACCUGAUGAUGGACUGAAAAAAGCUCAGUCAUGCCUUCGAACAGUUGAAUCGCUUGAUAUCGAAGAUGUACCGAAUAAAAUGGAAGUCAUAGCUAAUCUACACAGUUGUAUUGGUAAUGCUAUGUUUGAUCAAGGUAAUAUGGAUGGCGCUCUGGUACAUCAUCGAAAAGAUCUGGAGAUUGGCAAGAAGAAUGAGAUACAAGAAGCGAUUGGACGUGCAUUAGACAACAUGGGUCGUGUCUAUGCUAGAAAAGGAGAAUUCGCUAAAGCAAUUGAUUUCUGGGAGGAGAAACUACCUAUGAAGCAAACACCUUUGGAAAGCACUUGGCUAUACCACGAAAUUGGACGUUGCCAUUUGGAAUUAGAACAUUACGUUGAAGCACGACGCUAUGGUGAGAAAUCGCUUGCCAAUGCUGAAGAAGCUCAAGAUAAUGAAUGGCAGCUCAAUGCUUGUGUACUCAUUGCCCAAGCAAAUGUUAAGUUGAGCAACAUUGCAGAUGCAGUAGAAAUGUUCGAGAGAGGACUUGAAAUUGCCAAGGUAAUUGGUGACAAGAAAGCAGAAAAAGGAAUACAACGUGCACUUGAAGACACGAGUGCCAAACUUAUUGCUAAUAUGAAAAAUAAUAGACGUGGAAGUGAAAGUGAUAGUAGACCUACUACUACUGAGCAAGAAGCUCAAGAUGACUAUGAACGCGACGCAGAAGAAGUUGCCGAUGAAGUUCAGAGCGAAACUAAUAAAGAUGAUGAUGCCAGCAAGUACGAAGAAUCUGUAAAGGAGGACGACAAUGAUGAAGGCAAUGAUGUCGAUAAUACGAAUACAGAAGAGGAUGACCGUAACGGUAGAAAUGAUGCAAAGGCACAAGAUGAGGCUGCAGAAGAAGUACCUGAAGAAGAUUAA